AUGGGUUGCCCUUAUUGGUGGCAACUGCGCCGACGCUGCUCUUCGCGGCGUCAGGUAAGUGAUCUCAGCCAGAAUUACUGCCACAGUCAAAUUCAACUGACAUCUGACGAAACAGCAAAUAGUUACAGAACCGCGACCAUCGAUUGUCCCGUCAACGACCGGCCCACGAUCAGAGACUUCAAGUCCCUCUCCGUGGACGAGAAGCUUUGGACUCAAAAGCGGCGCAACAAUACUAUACCUGCCUUGCGCGAUCUCGUCAAGCGACUUGGAAUCACCGGCUUCGACUCGGACGCCUAUUUUGACGGCGCGAAGAAUACCUCCAUGUUGCCCAAUAUCGGCAUUGCUGUGUCGGGAGGCGGGUGGCGUGCUCUCAUGAACGGAGCCGGAGCCAUCGCUGCGUACGAUCAGCGCACGCCUGGCUCUACCGGUGUGGGUCAGCUCGGGGGUCUUUUGCAGUCUACAACAUACUUCGCGGGUCUGUCUGGUGGUGGAUGGCUCGUGUCUUCUCUCUACGCCAACGACUUCCCCACGGUGCAGAGUAUUGUCAACACGGAUGAUUCGACCUCGAUUUGGCAGUUCCAGAAUUCGAUUUUUGAGGGGCCCGACAUGGGAGCCACUGAUGGUUCGAAUGCUGCAGCAUAUUUCGGAGCGAUCGCCGACCAGGUUGCCGCAAAGGUUGACAGUGGUUUCAAUACCACUCUCACCGACUUCUGGGGCCGGGCGUUGUCGUUCCAACUGCUUAAUUCGUCUGGGGAAGCCAUUUCCACAUUUUCCUCAAUCCAGAACAACCCUGGAUUUGCUGCCGCCGAAUUCCCCUUGCCAAUCCUCGUGGCUGAUGAGCGCCAAGAAGGUCAGUCCGUCCUGUUCUCAACCAACACCACCAAUUAUGAAUUUACACCGUGGGAACUGGGGUCCUUCGACUCUGUCGGAUUUGUUCCUCUUCGAUAUGUCGGAUCCAAUUUCGAAGCCGGCGAAAUCGCGUCUGACGGAACAUGUGUGACUGGUUUGGACGAGUUAAGCUUUGUCUUUGGAACCUCGAGUUCACUAUUCAACCAGUUCCUGCUUCAGAUCAAUACCACAGACAUGGUUCCAGCCAUAUUCAAGGAUGCGGUGACCAGCGUUCUUGUCGGGCUGGAUCAAAACCAUAUGGAUGUUGCCGAUUGGUCACCUAACCCAUUUUACCACUGGAAUAAUGCAACGAAUGCAAACGCACAGACGAAAAAAUUCACUCUUGUCGACGGCGGCGAGGACCUCCAGAAUAUCCCAUUCACGCCUCUGCUGCAGCCCUCGCGCGAAGUUGAUGUCAUCUUUGCCGUCGACUCCUCCGCCGACACACUAGAUCCCCGGGGGUCAAACUGGCCAAAUGGAACCGCAAUGGUGGCCACUUACGAGCGUUCACUAUUUCAAGACGACGGGACGACUUUCCCUCCGGUACCCGAUGUAAACACCUUCAUCAACCUGGGACUAAACUCCCGUCCUACCAUGUUCGGGUGCGAUGCUGGAAAUUUGACUGCCAACAGCACCGCGCCACUUAUUGUUUACCUCCCCCAUUCGCCUUAUGUAUUCAAUUCGAACGUGUCGACCUUCACUCCAACCUACCAACUUGAUGUUCGGAAUGCCAUCAUUCGGAACGGGUAUGAUGUCGCCACGAGGGGCAACGCUACAGUUGACUCGCAGUGGCCAACGUGCGUUGCAUGUGCCAUCAUGUCUCGUAGCUGGGAAAGGACGAACACCACUGUACCUGAGGUGUGCCGUGACUGCUUUUUGAAGUACUGCUGGGAUGGAACAACGAACUCUACGACGCCGGGUCCUUACACUCCACACAUACUUCUAGAGGCCGUCAAGGUGGAAGGCGUUGCUGGGACAACAAAACCGAUCAUUGGACUUUCCCUUGCCGCCACAGCUCUAGCAUUGACAAUUCUUGGGCUCUAG